CAAUAGAGUACGUUACGAAUUACAGAGCAGAAAAUUUUGUGUUGUUGAUUCGAAAUUUUUGAAAUUGAAAAUAAAUGAAAAUUUGAAAUUGAAAAAUGUCCUCGUUUUUCGUGCCUUACGAUCGAAAUUGUCACCCCGAAAAGAAUGAAUGGGAUGGAUAUAAGCUGAUAUUGCCAUGCAUUUCAGUGGGUAAUGUUCCACAAUUGUCCAUCGAUUUGUUGAUUAAUCGAUUUCUCACCGAUUCUGGCAAUGAUCUCGAAUUGAUUGGUUAUCUGCAAUCGAAAUAUGUACGUCCAUUCGCUGGCCCUGAUCCAUUCCGAUUGGAAGGCAAUUUGCUGUCAACAUCGAUGCAAGUGUUUGUGUCGAAAAGGAAAAAAUUGGUUCUCAUACAACAACGAUCGCCCAUAUACAAGGAAUAUCGUGACGAUUUUUAUCGAGAAAUGUUUGCGUGGUUAUCUCGACAUCGAUUCGCAUUGGUCAUUGUUUUGUCAUCUACAUUCGAUCAAUUUUUGGCACCUGAAUAUGUCGUCGAUCAACGUGGAAUUCCAAUCAUGUACCUUUCAAACGAGCACCUAAAAGAUGUGACUAAAUGUUUUUUGAGUGAAAAGUUGGCCAUCAAACCGGUGAUGAAAAUGGACCCAGAUUCGAUGCGACCAUCAGAGAAUGGAAAGAUACACCUUCCGGGUUCUGGUUCGGCUCGAUCAUUUCUGCGGCACUCGAUGCAACAACCUAUGCUCUGUUUGGUCAUGUAUUGUUCCGAAGGCGAUAAUCGUCAUCAUUCGUUUUAUUUUGCCGAUAGAAUUGCCGACAUUCUCAAUAGUGAUAAUGAUUGUAUUGUGGAAAAAAGCGAUGAAGAAUUGGCCGGUCUCUAUCGAAAUCCAUAUCGAUGGAUCGAACCAUUCUCCUGGCGUAUGAUGUUUGGGGAUGAACCACCACCGGAAAUGUAUUGAUGAUUGUAUGAUUUGUUCCAAUAAAUGGAUUGAGAAUGUGAA